AAAAGGCGGGAGGGGGGCGACAACAACAACAAUGGUGGUGUUUUUAGUUCCGAUUAUUUACAACUUGUUGUCAGAUCCGAGUGACACCCCCUAAUCGCCUCAGACCUCCCCCACCGGUUACUUCUUUCUCCUCAUGGUCGUGGAGACCGCGCGGAGGAGUCGAGGACCAAUAUGGAGCGUGUGCCUUUAAGACUUGAAACUGACGCCCUGUGUUAGCCCACACACACGCACACGAACACACAUACACUGUCCGAACCGAACCACUCGAAAAGAAACGACUUCUUUGGGCAUCCUGGUGUUCCAGUGCCGCGCAGGCGAGCCGUCAGGAUGAGGCCUGGUCAGCUGAUCCAUCCCGCCUCUGCCGCCACCACCACGCUCCUCUUCCUCCUCUCUGCGCUGUCUCUCACCUCCGGCUGCAACAAAGCUCUGUGCGCCAGUGACGUCAGCAAGUGUCUCAUCCAGGAGUUGUGCCAGUGCCGCCCAACCGACGGCAACUGUUCAUGCUGCAAGGAGUGCAUGCUGUGCCUGGGCAACCUGUGGGAGGAGUGUUGCGACUGCGUAGGAAUGUGCAACCCCAAGAACUACAGCGACUCUCCGGCCACAUCCAAGAGCACAGUAGAGGAGCUGCACCGGCCCAUCCCAUCGCUUUUCCGUGCCCUCACUGAGGGCGACGCGCCCGUCAACAUGAUGGUGGUCUCCUUCCCCGUGGCCGAGGAGCUGUCCCACCACGAGAACCUGGUCUCCUUCCUGGAGUCGCUGGACGGCCCGCACCAGAACGUGUCGGUGCCCUCCAACAGCAUCCACGCCAGCUAUGACGCACAGGAGAACAUGUGCACGGUGGUGUACUUUGACGACUGCGUGUCCAUCCGCCAGUGCAAACUGUACUGCGAGUCCAUGGGGGGCUCCAAGUACCGUUGGUUCCACAACGCCUGCUGUCAAUGCAUCGGGCCCGAGUGCGUCGACUACGGCAGCAAAGCCGUCAAGUGCAUGAACUGUCUCUUCUGAGCCCGCCCUGUCCCUGAUCCACUCGACAGGACUCCAAGCCCCCUUUCACACUGCCAUUUUCUGCCUUUUCACUGUCGCUCUUCUGUCUUAUAAGGGCAGCAGCGCCCAAAAUCGGUUUAGAAGAAGUCAACCCAGCAAUUCCCAACCCAAAGGAAUUUCUGAUGUCACUUCUCCUGUCCUGUUGCGCUGAAAGGAUUUUGUGCAUGCUGACAAAGGAUUUUACGCAUCACACCAGACACUGGCAAUAUUCUGUCUUUUGCAGGUUCUAUCAGGGCUGUAAUAGAGGCCAGGUGCCGAAAUGCUGAAAGUUUACUCCUCAACACUUACUUUUCCCGCCCUUUUGUGUUGAAGGCAACUGUUGCUGUCUGACAACUGUUUAUACAUCUUAAAAUCGGAUAGCAGGAGUAUGUGUCGUGUGAAAAUCCACCAAGUCGUGUAAAUAUCCCGCCUUGGCCAGGUUUUGUGUGAAAAGGCAACGGCAGAUAAAUAUGGGGUCUUUUGUCACAUAGCUUUGAUGCAGCAAUUUUGCUUGAAUCUCUGUCUAAAAAUCAAAGCCCAAUGAAUACUGGAUAUUUUGUUGCCACUUGAUGCAAGAAUUGUGCAGGAUCUCUGUAAAAAAAAAAAGGAAAAAGAUGAAAAUGUUUGACUCUUUCUGUUAUUGUUCUGGUGCAGAAAUUCAGCUGACAAAGGUGGAUAAAUUCCAGCUGUUUCUGUCAUGCCGCCAGUGGAGGAAUUUUACAGGAACUCUGUGUAAAAGCACCCUAAAAAAAAAAAAAGAAAAGAAAACAGAUAAAUACCAGAGAUUUUGUUGCCAUUCAGAUUCAGUCAUUUUGCAUAAUCCCUGUGCAAAAGGCAAGGGUAAAUUAAAUCUGGUUCUUUCUGUUACAGUGCUGCUGCAUUGCUGCUGUUUGCACUGUCACUCUGUAAAAGGGAAAAAAAAGAAAUACUCAAUACUUUUGUUAACACGCCAGUGCAGGAAUUUACAGAAUCUCUGCAUAAAAUCUGAAGGCAGAUGAAAUUACUGUACUUUGUUUUCUGCUCAGAUGCUGGAAUUGAGCAGGAUCUCUGCCUAAAACACAAAGGCGGACAUUGGAAAAUCUUUGCGAUUACUUUGCAACAAUCUCCUUUUGCUGGGUUCCGUGUCAUAAGGCCAAGUCAGUCCAGUUACGUUCGUUUUUGUUGCGGUGCCGAUGUACAUGUUAUGACUGCUUCAUCAUAUUGCCGCCCGUUGCCAACGAACCCUGCAUCCAUCGCUGCAAAUGUUUUUAGUCUGCUGUUGUCUUCCACUGUAUAGUUUUCUAAUCGUCUUUAUUUUUGCCUCGAGUUGAUACUGUCUGAUGUCUAACUAUUUUUACAUGCUCCAAUCCUCCCACUUCUCCCACCAAAAUAAAACCUUUUGGUUUGGUGA